AUGUCAACUACUACUCCAACUCCAACUCCAGGGUUCACCUCUCAUCAAGAAUCAACUACAACCAUUUUAAUUCCAACAUCUGCAAAUUCAACUGAAACUCCAGAAGUUUUUAUAAAUCCAGUUCAAGAAUAUAAUCGAGAUUUAUCUAUUGCAGCAAUAAGAGCUUGGAGUAGUAUUAGAGAUGAUGAAUUUAUUGCACGUCGAAAUGCUAAACUUACUAGAUCAAAAAAACCUACAAGAGGAAAAGGAAAACUUGAAUCUAAUUCUAAAAGAGCUUUGAUACCCGAUCAAUCGGAGACUAACUCUUCUGAGAUACCGAUCGAAGAAGGCAGCGAUUUGAAGAAAGUACGUUUGGAUGAUUCAGUAUCAGAAAAACCUAAGGAAGUGGAAACCACAGUGGCGAACGAGAAUCAAGCGAAGAUUACAGCAGAUCUCGUCCAAUCAAAUUCUACCUUACCUCUACAAGAAGAGAAUGGUUCUACAGACCCGUCCGUUUCCGUUUGCGCGAAUCCAUCAACUCCUCAACUCAAAGCUCCAAAAUUUACAGCACUGGAAGCACUCAGCGCAACUGGUCUUCGAGCAAUACGAUAUGCAAAAGAAAUACCGUCAAUGAAGUGGAUCAUCGCUAAUGACUUAUCUGCGUCUGCUGUCAAAUUCAUCGACGCUAAUAUCGCUCAUAACGGUCUAGGUGUAGAUGAGACUGAUGGAAAAAACUUACCACGUGUCAGGUCUAAUCUAGGUGAUGCUUGCGAUGUGAUGUACUCACAUCGACAGCCCAGCAAACAAUUUGAUUUGGUAGAUUUGGAUCCUUAUGGUACAGCUGCGCCCUUUAUGGAUGCUGCAGUUCAGUGCAUAACAGAUGGAGGAUUAUUGUGUGUGACUUGCACUGAUCUGGCUGUUCUAGCUGGAAGUGCAUAUCCAGAAAAAUGCUUCGCUAAUUACGGCGGAACUUCGCUACGAGCCGAAUUUUCUCACGAGUAUGCACUUCGUCAGGUGAUCCAUGCUUUAGCUACCUCUGCAGCUCGAUACGGCAAAUAUGUCAAACCGCUUCUUUCUCUAUCAAUCGAUUUCUAUGUCCGAAUCUUUGUCCGGGUCUAUAACUCUCCCGUCGAAGUCAAAAAAGCUAUGGUUCAAACUGCGCUAGUAUACGUUUGCUCCAACUGCUCUUCCCAUCACCUUCAACCACUCGGUCGCUGUCAACCCAAACCGACUAGAUCGGGCGAAGGUGUCAAUAACUCCUACGGCACCAGUGCCGGCCCUCCAGUGCCGGGUCCUCAGUGUACAGAAUGCGGUGGUAAGUUUCAUGUAGCUGGGCCUUUAUGGUCAGGUGCUCUACACGACGAAACUUUCAUGAACAAAGUGCUAGAAGACGCUGGGAGGAGUGAUUGUGGACUGAAUACAGCUACAAGGAUUAAGGGUAUGGUUGGCAUAGCUAAGAUGGAAUUACCAAAUGAACACUUCUUCUUUACUCCAGCUAAAUUAUCUGGAUUAUUUCAUUGUAAUUCUCCUUCAUUAACAAACGUAGCUUCAGCUCUUUUGAAUGGAGGUUAUCAAGUUUCUCGUUCACAUUGUCAACCUGGAUCCAUCAAGACUGAUGCACCCAGGUCAUAUAUACAUGAUGUCAUGCGAAAAUGGAUUGAAACUAAUCCAGUCAAAAUGGCAAAUAUCAAGGAAGGAAGUCCUGCACAUGUACUACUUUCCAAACCAAUUACGUCAACUGUUUCGUUUGACCGUCAUCGGGAGGUUGAUAUUAAGAUGCAAACAAAUGUGAAAGUGGUUAGGUAUCAAAAUAACCCACUUCCUAAUUGGGGACCUAAAGCUAAAGCAAAGACUAAUUGA